UCUGUGUCAGCCCCAUCACUGCUGAAUCCUGAUUCCGAGUCUUCUAUUGAAGACAGUCUUCCUGUCCCGGCUAGGAAGUCCUCAGGAGGGAAGCGUCGCCACAGGAGAGCGUCCCGGAAGCGCGCCAAACGGAGGAAGGACGACACUUCUUCCUCUUAUUCAGGUACAUCAUCUUCUAGUUCCGAUGAUGAGGGUAACUCCAUGGAGCUUUACUGGGGUUUCGGCGAGUCGGUUUCGGGGCUUCCACGGUGGGC